GCUUCUUAUCUCACUUCUUAUUCUACCGAAGAAAGCUAGCCACGAUGGUUAAGAAGAUGCGAUCGCGCAGCACCACCGCCGUCGCAAUCUUGCUGCUGUUCUCGUCUCUUCAAUUCGCCGCCGCCGCCAUUUCCGACGCAAACGCUACGAUACACACUUUUUCAUCAUCCUUGUUCCUGUCUGAAAGCAUGAAGUUGGAGAGCCAGGGAGACGGCGGUUCUAUUGACUGGAUGAAGACCUCGCUCCUUUUUGCAAAACAAAAUCAAACCAAGGAAGGGAUCCCUAGCGUUGGCCCUAUAACGCUCAAGUUAGAAACAGAAGAAGAGAAAGUGAAAGCACUAGGAACCGAGAUCAAUCUUGCCUUUCUUCCUACCUAUCAUACUCUUUUAUACCUAUUUUAGUGAACCCCAUGUUUAAUGAUA